GAGAAUUGUAGCAAUAGCAAGAGUUUCGCGGAAACUGUAAAUAAAUAUAUAUCAACACAUUUAAAAUAUAUAAAGUUAUAAAAAAAAAACGAAAAAGUAUAAUUGAAAGCAAAAGGUUAAUUUAAACGAAAUUGAAAUAUUGAAAAAAUAUAAUUAAUAUGUGAAUAUUCUAAGCACAGCCUCACAAUUUGCGUAUUCAUUUGAUAGAUACAAUAAAAGAUUGAUUUUCAUAUAUAAGGCCGACUCUUAAUUAAGGCUUACGACGCCGAUAAUUAUUAUUAUAAUCACGCAAUUAAAAUUAUUAUUAAUAACUUGUUGCCUAAAAUAAUUUUCAAUAUUGAUUUGUACCUGAUUAAACAAAAAAGUGGUCGUAAUAAUCUUCAACCAACUAACCACCACCCACUUUAAACACCCGACAACAACAACAACAACGCACGCACAAACAUAUGGAUAAGGAAGAAGCACAGGUAGAAGUAGAGGCUUAAAAACAAUGUCAUACUGAGAAAAAAAAACCAUAACCAGCUAAAAUAAAUGUUUUGACGUAAUUAUGGCAAUGAAUUAUAAAUAAAUAAUGUAUUUUAAAAUCGUUUGCAGUAGAAUUUUACAAAAUUCAUAAAGCAAUUAGUUUUGUAGAGAAACACAGUUGCUUUUUUGUUGUUGGUAAUAAUUUUUAGUGGAAAAAAUGCAAAGCCGCCGCCGCCCAUUAUUUCCAAUUGAACCGAUUGACGAUGCUGCCACCAGUGCAACAACAAAGCUGCGUUAUGUACUGCGUAUUUUGCAAGUGAAUUGGAAAAUAUAUGCUACCGCCUUCGCCUUGGCACUAUUGGCCGUACUCUGGUAUUAUCCGGCGUUUUUCUUCGUUUUCCUGUUUGUAGGUUAUUCACUGCUCUUGGCGCUGGCGGCUGUCGUCGCUACUAUUUAUAUACAUUAUAUCUUCACCACAAAUGAACCAAUCAAACCUAAUCGGGAACCUUCCAAUGUGCUCUACAAUGCCACAAAAAGCAGUAUUUUCGAUUUGCCAAAUCCAAUUAAGAAUCCAUCAAAUUUGCCAUUGAUAUUUGGGAAGACUGUUGACCUACAAUUACAACAAAUAAUUGAAUAUGUAUUGCGGGAUUUCAUGCUGCCUUGGUUGGGGUAA